UCCUCUUCCCUAGUCUUAGCGACUUUGCAUGGCCUCUAACCUUAACCUCUAGAAGACCCUCCUCUAUGAAAGAUUCUAGAAGGAUAGAGGUGCAUUGCUUCUGCAGCCUAACCAAAUCAAGCUUCCAUUCGCUAAAGAUGAUAAGUUACCUCUGUAAACGUACCUGGACAAGAAGAUUCGCCUGUACAACGAAGCUGGCGAAGAGUAUAAGGACGCCUAGUGUCGUCGAAUUAUUAUAGGCCUGGAUCCUGGCAUCGCUGCGCUUAUCACCUUGUCGACAAACAAUACCUUGCAGGAUUCAAAGUUGCAGAUCUCAGCUAAGGAACACGUCGCUCGCGCCAACUGGAAAGCGUAUCACGACAUCCAGGAACAACUCCAACGUCGCCUCGAGUCGAUGAAACCCCCUCGCCGUCGCGACCAACGCACUGAUCGUUACGACAACCCUCGUCAAGACGGAUUUCGUCGUGAGAAAUCCACCCGCUGGAACAGCGACCGUCGUAGUGACAUUCGUCGAGACAAAGACGUCCAAUCCCCACGAUACGACAACCGUCGUCAAGAUUUCCGCCGCGAGGGAAACCGUUACGAGGACAACCGUCAACACGAUCGCCGAAACGAUGACCGUCGCCGCGACGACCGCGACAGAGAGGACCAUCCUCGUGAUAAUCAUGAAUCCCACGAGUCGAGAGCGACACCGGCACGCAAGGACGAGGACAAACCUGCGGCCCCCGGCAACCGCGACGGACGUCGGAGUGACGAGUUUGACGAUCGACGUGAUCGACGCGGGUACCUGUCUAUCUGUCUGGAAAGCAUGUAGUCAUGUCACAACUUCGCUUUCGCCUACACUUUCUCAAUAAAAUGCCUAUUCCAUUUUAUGAUACAAAGUCCUAGUUAUCUUAUAAGACUGUGAUAAUGACGCUUGACCUUUAUGGGCCCCAACUAACGGCCUGAGUCAUCGGCGAAAAAAACACCCUUUUAACCACAAACAUACCAGUAGUUACCGUCUGCUGUAACAUCUUGAUAAAUACCAUGACACUCUAUCAGCUUCAAUUGAACCAUGUCUUGCCGAGGGCUGGGAACAACCUGUUCACCCAGGGUGAAGACACUUUCGCAGAUUGGUAUUCUACUCCUGAUGAAGUCAAGCUUGAAGCUGCCGUCAAGCAGGAGGAAGACAGUGAGAAGGAUGAAGGUGACGUGAAGAAUGGAGGAACGGUUGAUUGGGAGGAUGAAGGACAGGACACCAACUGGGAUAACGUUGGCUGGCAGAAGGAUGAUGACGUUUGGUAAAGGUGUGACAAGAUGUACUUGGUGAAGGUCUCUCAAGAUUCCAUUAGCUUCACCCCCACAACAAGGACGUUGUGAUCUUUUUAGGAGGGGAUCGUUAGGUGGUUAGUCAGCUCAGAUGAUUUGCAGCAGCUGGAAGUAGGAC